UCCUUCUUUUGCCUCUUAAGUUUCCUGCACCGGGAGCCCAACUGUGCCAAGCCUAGACUCCCGCGGACCAAUCCGGAUCGCGACCCCGGCACUGGGACAACGACUCCGCCAAGGCUGGACGAGGCAGCUGGACCCGUCCUCGCCCGAGCAUGGAGACGGAGAUCCGGGGAGGGCACGUCCCGGGCGCUGGAGACGCCAGGCCGUAGUAGCUCCUCCAUGGAGCCUGUUCAGAGCGGUCCUUGCUCGCUGCAUUCAGACUUGUGCGGCUGCUGAGAGCGCUCCCUGAUCUGUAAAGUGGAUGCCAGGUGGAUCUAUGUUUUUGAAGGAACAAAGACUCAGCCAAGGCACCGCCAAGGAAGUUUGAGAGGAGGGAGGAUGCAGGCUGCGUGCUGGUACGUGCUUCUCCUCCUGCAGCCCACCGUCUACUUGGUCACGUGUGCCAACUUAACAAAUGGUGGGAAAUCAGAACUUCUGAAGUCGGGGAGCAGCAAAUCCACACUAAAGCACAUAUGGACAGAAAGCAGCAAAGACUUGUCUAUCAGUCGGCUCCUCUCACAGACUUUCCGAGGUAAAGAAAACGACACAGAUUUGGACCUGCGCUAUGACACCCCAGAACCUUAUUCUGAACAAGACCUCUGGGACUGGCUGAGGAACUCCACAGACCUUCAAGAGCCUCGGCCCAGGGCCAAAAGACGGCCCAUUGUUAAGACCGGCAAGUUUAAGAAAAUGUUUGGAUGGGGUGAUUUUCAUUCCAACAUCAAAACAGUGAAGCUAAACCUGUUGAUAACUGGGAAAAUUGUAGAUCAUGGCAACGGGACGUUUAGUGUUUAUUUCAGGCAUAAUUCCACUGGUCAAGGGAAUGUAUCUGUCAGCUUGGUGCCCCCAACAAAAAUCGUGGAAUUUGACUUGGCACAACAAACCGUGAUUGAUGCCAAAGAUUCCAAGUCCUUCAACUGUCGCAUUGAAUAUGAAAAGGUUGACAAGGCUACCAAGAACACACUCUGCAACUAUGACCCUUCAAAAACCUGUUACCAGGAGCAGACCCAAAGUCAUGUGUCCUGGCUCUGCUCCAAGCCCUUCAAGGUGAUCUGCAUUUACAUUUCCUUUUAUAGUACAGACUAUAAACUAGUACAGAAAGUAUGCCCCGACUACAACUACCACAGUGACACACCUUACUUCCCCUCAGGAUGAGGAGGAACGGGGCAUGAGACUGAAGCCUGAGGAAUUAGAGGUCAUAGGACAGGGCUGUUACCUCAAGGAAGAAGGUCACAUCUAUUGCCUGGAAUGUGUCUACACUGCUGCUCUUGUUGACUGGAGCAAACAUGCCAGUAGAAAACAAUUGAUGUCAUUUCUGCCCAGUCAGCUGCAUCUCUCAGCAUAGUUGUAAAUCAUCAUAGAUCUCAAAGUCUCACCUGAAGACAUGCUAUCACAUGUAGAGGCACAUGAGCACUCACUCUUGCACAUUUCAGCUUGCAUCUAUCAUGGUUCCCUUUGAGAGGGCUUUCAUUGUCUGACUCAUGAUGGUUCAGGAUAAACUAUGAUCAAACACAAAGAAGUAA